UUAACAAAAGAAACAAAGCAAGCUCCAAAAGUCGCCAGCAGUUUUCAUUAGUGGGACACAUUUGGUCCUAAAACUAUUUCUGACAACCCAAUCAAACACCAACUUGCGCAAAACUUUUUCCCUGCAGGCCAAAUUUGUGUAUCGUUACCGGGUAAAAUCCAGGAACUAGAACUGGCCAACUCGCAGUUGGAGGUUUCUUUACACCCUUCGUGGGUUUUUAACUUUUGAGCGCCCUUCCUCUCUUUACACGAUCUCAGACCAAUCUCUUAGCUCAAACAAAUGCAACAACACAAUACAGUUAGGACAGUGCUCCGUCGAUAAAAAUUCAAGAUUUCUUGAAUGCCUAUUUGCCAUUUCUUCUUGUAGAGUAUACAUAUAUAUAGACGCUCGAUUCUUUACAUUAAUUUGCCAAAUCCAAGAAACCAAAUAACGCACCUUCAAGAACAAGGUGGUAGUGGUUGGUUUUCAUUUUUGGUGGCAAGACCGGAAAUGAGACCACAACCCGAGAAACUAGUCUUUCUUUUUCUUUUUGUCAUCCUCUUGUUGGAUACUUGGUAUGUUGUAGACUCAGAUCUAGCAUCAGAUAGGACUGCCCUUGAAGCUCUGCGAAAGGCAGUGCGUGGUCGAUCGCUCCUCUGGAAUCUUUCCAGCAGUCCUUGCUUAUGGGUUGGUGUGUCUUGUGAACGGGAUAGAGUUGUUAAGUUACGAUUACCUGCUAUGGGCCUUUCCGGCCAGCUUCCUGUCGCCCUUGGCAACCUUACGCAGCUGCAAACUCUUUCUCUCCGCUUCAACGCACUUUCUGGUCCAAUUCCAGCUGAUAUAGGUAGCCUUGCAUUGCUACGCAAUCUUUACUUGCAAGGGAACUUUUUUUCUGGGGAGAUUCCCGUGUUCUUGUUCAAUUUGCAAAAUUUGGUAAGACUAAACUUGGGUCAUAAUAAUUUCUCUGGCGAAAUCUCUCCGAGUUUUGAUAAGUUAACGAGGCUGGGAACUCUGUAUCUGGAGGAGAAUCAGCUUAGUGGUUCCAUUCCUGACCUGAAUUUUCCUUCUCUUAAUCAAUUCAAUGUUUCUUUUAACAAGUUAACUGGGCCUAUUCCUCAGAGGCUAUCUGGCCAGCCUGAAACUGCCUUUCAAGGGAAUUCGCUUUGUGGGAAACCUUUGAUUCCUUGCAAUGGUACUUCAAAUGGGAAUGAUAAACUCUCCGGUGGAGCCAUUGCCGGCAUUGUGAUUGGAUGUGUUAUUGGAUUUUUGUUGAUUCUAAUGAUUUUGAUCUUCUUGUGUCAAAGAAAGAGAACCAAACAAGGAGUUCCUAAAGAUACUCAGGAGCCAAAGCAAAGCGAAAUUGAAAUUUCCCGCGAUAAGGCAGUGGUUGACAGGGAUAAUGCAAGCACUGGGUUUGCCGGAGCAGCUGCGGUGGCCAAAAGUGAAGCUAAGAGUGGUGGUGGGAAUAAAAGUUUGGUGUUCUUUGGGAACACACCAAGGGUGUUUGAUUUGGAGGACUUGUUGAGAGCUUCUGCCGAAGUGCUUGGGAAGGGGACUUUUGGGACAACUUAUAAGGCCACCUUAGAGAUGGGAGUGGUGGUGUCCGUGAAAAGGUUAAAGGAUGUGACUGUAAUGGAGAAGGAAUUUCGAGAAAAGAUUGAAUCUGUUGGGAAGAUAAAUCAUGAGAAUUUGGUCCCAUUAAGUGCUUAUUAUUAUAACAAGGAUGAAAAACUCCUUGUUUAUGAUUACAUGUCAAUGGGUAGCUUAUCUGCACUUUUACACGGAAAUAGAGGAGCUGGUAGGACUCCAUUGAAUUGGGAGACCAGGUCUGCAAUUGCCCUUGGAGCUGCCAGAGGGAUUGCAUACCUACAUUCUCUGGGCCCUGCGAUCUCACAUGGGAACAUUAAAUCAUCAAAUAUUCUGCUUACUACAUCCUUUGAAGCCCGUGUCGCCGACUUUUGCCUUGCCCAACUUGCAGAUCCUGCCCCCACUCCCAACCGCGUAGAUGGCUAUCGUGCUCCAGAGGUGACAGAUGCUCGCAAAGUAUCCCAAAAAGCAGAUGUUUACAGCUUUGGUAUACUGCUCUUGGAAUUGCUAACAGGAAAGGCUCCCACUCAUUCACACUUGAAUGAUGAGGGAGUAGACCUUCCAAGAUGGGUUCAGUCUGUGGUUAAAGAUGAGUGGACUUCGGAGGUGUUCGAUCUUGAGCUUCUCCGAUAUCAGAAUGUCGAGGAGUAUAUGGUUCAACUCUUGCAGCUAGCAAUCAACUGUACUACUCAAUAUCCUGAUAACCGUCCUUCAAUGGAAGAGGUGAGAAGCCAAAUUGAGGAGCUUUGCCAUUCUAGCUCACAAGGACAUUACCCGCAUCUAGAUAUUGAGGAUGACAAGUCCUCCCGACACACAUAUUCAGUUGAUUCAGGUGCACCACCACCUUAAUCAUAAAGGGCUAAAGAAAGAUCAUUUGAUCCUUCACUCUUUCCCCAUUUUUAAUACUUUUAUUACUUUAAUGUUUCAACUGUUUUUUUAUUCUUGGGUUAAUCUUUGAGAAACAACUGUGAAUGUUCUUCAUUCUUUUUUUGCCCUUUAUUCCUGUCCAAUUUUCUUUUAUACCCUCUUUCAUAGCAGAGAUUCCUUUUGCGCAUGUAACCUUACCUUUCACGUUAUAUGUGAGGGGAGGAUCCCAACAUUAUUAUUUUUACUCGGCUGGUGUGAAAUGUGAGUAACUAGCAAGUUGUUUUA